GCUUUUAAUACUACAAUUUCAACUACUUCUACCUUAAAACUAACAACAAUGUCUGGCCGUGGCAAGGGCAAGACCGCUGGCAAGAAGGCCGUGAGCCGCAGCUCCAAGGCUGGCCUGCAAUUCCCUGUUGGCCGUAUUGCUCGUUAUCUGAAGAAGGGCCGGUACGCUGAUCGCAUUGGAGCCGGCGCUCCUGUCUACAUGGCUGCGGUGCUGGAGUACAUUACCGCUGAGGUGCUUGAGCUUGCUGGCAACGCCGCUCGCGACAACAAGAAGAACCGCAUCGUGCCUCGCCACAUCCAGCUGGCUAUCCGCAACGACGAGGAGCUGAGCAAGCUCCUGGGUGACGUGACCAUCGCUGCCGGUGGUGUGCUGCCCAACAUCCACGCCGUGCUGCUGCCAAAGAAGUCCAAGGGUGGCAAGGGCGAGGAGGAGGCUGCUUAAAUGACAUCUCAACCCAACCUACAUUCAAAACCCGGUGUUUUUCAACACCACCUUACUGUGACUUCUCCCUACCUUGGGCCUUGGACAGUUAUCUUUACGCUUGUCAAUUUGGCUACAGCAAGGCUUUCAUCUGGGCAUGUUUUACAUUGCCUUUUGUCCUCCCGUUCAACUGGUUCCACAACUUACGUAAUAGGUACUAUGCAGAUACCUGGUACUAGAAAUCUAGCAUUCCUAUAACUUAACGGCAUAAUCGUGACAUGCCUCAGCCUCUACUGAGUUUCAUGCAGUAGGCAGGCUUAUGGGUUGACGAAAUGAGAUGACAUGUACUACAGAUCUGGUUUCAUUGCCGGCCCCCCGCCCAGCAGUGCAGCGCCCAUGGCACCCAGGUCAUGUGUCGUACCGUUCAGCGGAACCCCCGCUGGUGCUGAGGCGGUGACUGCAUGUUAGGAGCAGGUGCAUCUCCGUGUUCUCUCCGAGGGCAACCCUAUGCAAAAGGCGGGGAAAUCUGACAACGCCGGAAGCUGGUUAUGUGCGGUGACUGGUAGGCACGUUUGUGGUGCCGCUUUGAACGUGUGCGUGGAGGUAAAGAGGAAACAACUAACUGAGGGAUAAGGUCAGGGUGUGCGUGGCGGUGGUUGUGAUGACGAGCUGUCCUGGCGCAGUGGGUGCAUUGCUACCAGUAUGUUGCGCCCGUGAGGAGCUCAGUCCGUUGUUUCGCAGGAGGGACCUGGGUAUGUAGCAGU